ACGGAAUGCUGGGUAAGCAGUAGUCCAUCCACGGUGACGCUGACGCAUACACGGUGCCCUCGACAUCGCGCGCGGCGGUCCCCUCCGCGAGUCGGUCCGGUCCCCGGACAAUCGAUCGCGCGCGCAGUCGAGAUCGCGAGUCGUCGCGAAAGAAGUCACGAUCGUCCGCGAGACAGACAGACAGGUGUCAUUCGGCUGGAAACUGCUUUGCAAAAUUUCAAAUAAAAAUUCAAGUUACGUGCGUGAGGUCCUCCGGAAAGGAAAUGUCGUCCGCUCGGAGAUAUCGUUUAAAAUAAAGACGACAAAGUUACACGAGUGGACACGAAGGACGUUUAGUUGGGACUUUCUGUGGAAUUUUUUGAACGAUAACAAAAAAUUUCGACGAAAUCAAAAUUCGGCCACGUCAUCGGCGAAGAAUCGACAACUUUCCCAGCACCGUUGAGUUACCUUUGCUUGAGGGAAGAAAGCAUUAAGUGAUCGGACUUUGUGGAAAUCAGUUGAAUUUCGACGGAGUUAGAUUAGUACAAUAAAACUGCGAAGACACGAAUAGAACAAAGAGGAAGAGAAGAGAGCCGAAGGUAUUAAAAUAAAAAUAUACUAGUCAGCCGGUGUGCCAAUGAAGAUUUCGUCACGUGACGCUCGAGAGCUGAAGGAUUCACGGAAAUAACGAUAUUAAAUUAUUCUCUUACACAACUUUAAUCAUUCUCCGUUAGAACGCACGCUGAGAAGCGCGUGAGAUCAUCUGCAGAUCGAGAAUUCUUCUCGCAUUCCUCAGUUGAAAAAAGUCAUUAAUUUUCCUCUUGCAUCUUCGAUUGUCUGUCACCUCGCCCAGAUUCAUGGCUACUCUGAAGUAGGAAUCGACGAGUGGCCUUCGAGGUCGGACGAGACUAAAUGGAACCGUUCGAACAAAGCUUCAACACCUUCGCCAAAGCCGGAAUGAUGGAUGGCGCGACCACGUGGACGUCGCACGUCAUGGACAACAUUACACACAGCACUAUCGUUGAUGCGGAAUCGUCAAGAUUUCCAAAGCCCUUGAGGACCUUCGCAGCAGUGGUAGCAAUCAUCAUCAUGCUCGUCGGUCUCGCCGGUAAUUUACUGACGAUCGUUGCUCUCUGCAAAUAUCCUAAAGUUCGCAAUGUCGCAGCGGCUUUUAUCAUAAGCUUGUGCGUCGCGGACUUUGUGUUCUGCCUGCUGGUGCUGCCGUUCGACUCCAUCAGGUUCAUCAACGCCAGCUGGACGGAUGUACGAUUUUUGUGCGUCUUCGUACCCUUCUUUCGAUACGGAAACGUUGGCGUCAGUCUCCUAUCUGUUGCAGCUAUUACUAUCAACAGGUACAUUAUGAUAGCGCACUAUACCAUAUACAGCAAAGUGUAUAAAAAAUACUGGAUCGCCGCGAUGAUCGUCUUCUGCUGGGUGUUCUCUUACGGAAUGCAGAUACCCACGCUUUUGGAAGUGUGGGGUAAAUUUGACUACGAUUCCAAUCUGGAGACCUGCUCUAUUGUCAAGGACCAUCAUGGUCACACUUCCAAGACAUUCCUCUUCAUCAUGGGGUUCCUGAUACCCUGCGUGGUGAUUGUAGGCUGUUACGCCAGAAUAUUCUGGGUGGUGCACAAAUCAGAAUCAAGAAUGCGGAAGCAUGUAGGACCGACGAUAAAGUCGCCUCACACACCCAGCAGGGAUAUUAGAGAGAUCAAGCAGAAGCGUAGCGAGUGGAGAAUCACAAAAAUGGUGUUGGUGAUCUUCCUCAGCUUCCUUGCGUGCUACCUGCCAAUCACCAUCGUCAAGGUGGCCGAUGCGGAAGUCAGAUGUCCCGAGUGUCACAUUCUGGGCUAUCUGCUGCUGUACUUUGCGUCGUGCGUGAACCCGAUCAUUUAUGUGAUCAUGAACAAGCAGUACAGGCAGGCGUACGCCGGGGUGAUCGGCUGCUCGUGGAUAAGGGCGAGUUUGACACCGUACGGAAGCAGCGCGCCCUGCGCUGGCCAUCAGGUCCAUCACCAGGACUUCGCCCAAGGUAACUUCGAGCAACGACACGCGGUAACUCUCACCAAGCUCUGACCGAGCUAAGCGACCACUCGCUCACUUCAUUACUCAAAGGACUUCAGCAAAACCAUGGUGUCGACGGUGUCUAUAGCCAUGAAUCCCGUGAGAAGUUCGCAACUCCAGGAGGAGCUGUAAGACAUCGCAGAUCGAAGGCUGAUGUCGAAAAAUUGAGAGGAGAGGAUAAACGUCUUUCGUCACGAGGAAGAAAGGAAGACUGAUACUCUCUCGUUACUGUUAUCGAGCCAGUUCGCAUGAUUUUUGUACCUCGUCUAGUACGAUAGAAUAGUGCGUUGUAUAAAUUAUUCUUUCGCUCAUGAAUGAUGUAUCGCGAACGUCGAAUGUGUCGCGCGCGUAUUUAAUUUCCGAAAAUCGGAAAAGCCAGGAAGCUAAAGCUCCUCGGCCGGAUACUGACCUUUACCAAAGCUUAUCGUGCAUCGUAUGUAAAUAAAAUGCAAUUUGUAUCGUUUUAUAUUUAAAAAAACGCGUUCGUAUAAUUAAGGCAAUGAGUAUAAAAUAAGGACAUUAGACUAUAAUGCAGCAACGUACACUCAAUAAAAUAAGAAUCCAUUACCGUUUCAUGAGAAAAGACACACCUUGCUCCGCAAAUAAAUUAUUCUCGAGUAAGCCA